AUGGAGAAUAAAUUAUUAAUUGCAGGUUUAUCAGCAGGUGUUGGAGCAGCAGUAACCUAUUUAACAUCAUCAUUAUCAGCCAAAAAGAAAAAGAGAUCAUUGAAUGGUGGUGGUGGUGGUGGUGAUGAUGAUGGUGAUAAUAAUAAUUCAAGUCCAUCAAAUCAACAUAUUGAUAAAUCAAUUAAAAUGGAUACAGAUGAAGUUUUUACAAGUACAGCAACUACAACAAAUAAAAAAGAAUCAUUAAAUUUAGAUUCAUUAUUACAAGAGGAAAUAUUUAAUGAACAAAUGGAUAGAACUAAAUUAUAUUAUGGUGAAGAAGGCUUUGAAAAGAUUAGAGAAUCAUUUGUGGUUGUAGUUGGUUUGGGUGGUGUUGGCGGUGCUGCUGCACAUGUAUUAUUACGUAGUGGUGUAAAGAAGUUGAGAUUAAUAGACCCAGAUCUCGUUACAUUGUCAUCAUUGAAUAGAAAUGCGUUGGCCACUAGAAACGAUGUGGGUAGAUCAAAGGUGGAGGUCAUGAAACAACACUUUCACGACAUAUGUCCAGAGGUAGAGGUGGAGGCCAUUCAGACAUUCUUCACAGGCGAGUUAGCACCUAAACUAUUGCACGGAAAGCCAGAUUACGUAUUGGACUGCAUCGAUAACACUCAAACCAAGGUCGAACUAUUGACAUACUGCAAACGUGAGAAUCUUAGAGUGAUCUCAAGUUUUGGUGCCGGCUCCUCAUCGGAUCCCACCAAAGUACACAUUUCCGAUAUUUCCUACACUUUUGGCUGCCCGUUCGGAAGAGAGGUUAGAAGAUUGCUAAAGUUAAAUGGCAUUCAAGAUGGCAUUCUUUGUGUUUACUCAACAGAGGUGCAUAGAAAGAAACUGAUUCCCCUCACUGAGGAUGAAUUAAAACUUUUAAAUGAACAAGCAGUCAAGCCAACACUUAGAGUAAGAACACUUGGCGUUUCGAUGCCAAUACCUUUAAUUUUCGGUACUGCAAUGUCUUGCAAUGUCUUAAAUGAUAUAGUUGGUAUAAAAACCAUUUUGGAAGAAGAUAAACGUACUCCACCACCAUUGACAGAGUACACUAGAUUAUUUAAACUUUUGGUCAAGAAGGAUUUAAUUAUGCAUCGUACCCCACCAACUCAUCUUAAAAAAUUCAUGGGACCAUUGGAUAUUCGUUAUAUCAUUGAUGAAAUCUAUGAAAAGAAAUCUGGAAUCUCUGGUCAACAAUCAUCAGUUUUAAUUGUCAUUCGUUGGAGACCUGAAAAACCUUGCGCUCCAAAUAACUUAAUUUAUCUCUCUCAAGCUGAAGCUGAAAUUCAUGAAAAAGUUACAAAUAUUGAUCAACAUUAUCCAAAAGAAGUUGUAGAAAGAAUUGAUAAACUAUUAUCAACUGUUGUUAUGGAUGAAAAACAAAUUACUUUAGCAAAUUCAAUUCUUUAA